UUUAUCAUAUCAUAAACUUGCAAUAUUUGUUUCUUUUUUUAAGAUAAAUAAUGAUUCGGAACGAUACAGUUGAUGAUCCAUCAUCGUUACCCAGUCUUGGAAAUGGUAACGGUAGUGAACAGUCUAAAUAUAAGGGUGUAAGAAAGCGUAAAUGGGGUAAAUGGGUAGCUGAAAUUCGAUUACCAAACAGUCGAGAACGAAUUUGGUUAGGUUCUCAUGAUACACCAGAGAAAGCAGCUAGAGCUUUCGAUGCUGCACUCUUUUGUUUACGUGGUCAAGGAGCUAAGUUUAAUUUCCCCGAUAAUCCUCCGAAUAUUCAAGGUGCUAGCUCGUUUUCUCGAGCUCAAAUUCAAGAAGCUGCUGCUAAGUACGCAAAUGAAGAAGACCAACAGCAACACAAUGAAGAAGAAGACGUAAACCGGUUAGAAGCUUCUAACAGUAAUAGUAACAAUGGUACUACGGAUUGGGAAUUCUUAGACUUGUUAUCGGCUUCCAGGGGAGCGGGAAAUCCGUCGAGUACGGCUAAUAAUGAGUCGGAUUUUGGUGUUUAUUCCGGUGUUAAUGAUUUUCCUGGAGAGUUUUUGCCAUUAACACCACAACAAGAAGUGGGUGGUGGUGAUUAUGGAGAUGAAAAUGAUGGUGGGGUUUUUCAUCACCACUCAAAUCUUUGGAACUUCUAA